GGAGAGCGGUGACGGGAGCUCGGCUCACGUGCUGGGAGCCUUCCCGCGCGCGGACACCUGCAGACGACUGAUGCGGCGCCACCAGUACCUCUGCGCGCUCGUCGCGCGCAUGGACGCUAUCUUUGGUCCGAUUCUCCUGACGACGUACGCUUCUAUGAUCACGAUGCUGUGCAUUUUUGUCUACACCGCUGUCUAUACCGUUAACGUGAUAGGUUUCACGCUGCAGGCGCUGUUUGCUGUUCUCAAUAGUAUCUGCUCAUGUGUGAUCUGCGUGAAAUACGGGGUCAGUCUAACUCUCUCAGCGGCCAGGCUCACCGAGACGGCACACAGUCCCCUACAGGCUGUAAAUGACCUCGUAUUACUGGCGCCGUCAACUGAGGAGAAGUUUGAGGUAAACAUUUCUCAUUGUUACACUGAUAUGAAC